UAGCUUUCUUAAUAUCUCACUUUAGAUAUCAUCGAGAAAGAGAAAGAGAGAUAGAGAGAUAAAUGGUGAAGGCACGUACCGUGGGUGUGGGAAUGGACUAUUCUCCGACGAGCAAAUCGGCUCUUCGGUGGACGGCGGAGAAUCUCCUUGACGAUGGAGACACCAUCAUCUUGAUUCAUGUUCAACCCCAAAACGCUGAGCACACCCGCAAAAUCCUCUUUGAGGAAACCGGUUCACCGUUGAUUCCUCUGGAGGAAUUUAGAGAGGUUAAUUUCUCUAAACAGUAUGGACUUGCUUAUGAUCCGGAGGUUCUUGAUGUUCUUGAUACUCUCUCUAGGGCAAAGAAGGUGAAGGUGGUGGCAAAAGUGUAUUGGGGAGAUCCAAGAGAGAAACUUUGCGAUGCCGUCGAAAAUCUAAAACUCGAUUCCAUUAUUCUUGGCAGUCGAGGCUUGGGUCCUCUCAAAAGGUAAUCCAUUCUUCUUCUUGUAGCUUGAAUUGGUUUCCGAUUUUCAUUAUAUAGAGGAAGUAGAAACCUAUAAACUAAGAACUGAAUCUGCUUUUUUCUGGUGUAGUUGAUUUGAUUUAUAUUUUAAUUAAUAGUUACUUCCUUUACUGUUUUUUUUUCAGAAUAUAUGUUUUUUUGAAACUUUUGUGUUUUUGUUUUCCUUGGUGUCUGCUGGCUCUUUUUAGGUAAUCUCUAUAAUAUUAUUUGAGAAGUCAGUUUCUUAUGUGUCGCGCUCACGUUAAUUCCCACGAUGGUUGAUUACACGAAUACCCUUAAUGAAUUAAUCAUAUCUAUACCAAAUUAUCAUUACUAAAAAUUGUUUAGUUUCCUUUUUAUUAAUAAAGCUUUAAUUAUCCUUUUUAUUAUAGUUUAUUUAUUUUAUCAACCCAUAUAUAAUAAAAAGGAAAUAUCUACAAAAUAUAUAGAUUUUUUAAUACAAAAA